UUGAUACCAGACUGUCGUCCCGAUCUAGAGAUACAAACCCAUAAUCCCAUGACUCGUGAGACAUCGCUUGGCUGGGCGUCUUGACCCAAUACACACUGGCCUCCUCGCAGCUGGACAGAGGAUGCCAAAUGGGUUGGACAUGGCGCCUCUGAAUGACCAAGGAAGAGUCGGUGUGCGAAGAGAACCAUGUGAUGGCCUUCCACUAUCUAGUGGAAACGGGCUAUAUGCCCGCCAGGAUAGGGGAGGUAAUAGGGGAAACGAGAACGGGGACGGUGAGGGCCGAGGACGAUUCCGCAACGGUAAUAACAACGGCGGCAACGAUAAUGACGGCGGUCGGGGUGACAAUGGCGACCGGGAUGGGGGUAGAAGAUUUGGCGGGGGCUUUAGGGGUGGAGGAAGGCCCAACAACAACAACAAUGACAACGAUGGCAACGGCCGUGGAUUUGGCGAUGGACAAGGUGGCGGUAAUGGCAGAGACAGAGGCGGCGGACGCGGCGAUGGUAACGGGGAAGGAGGCGGUAAUGGCAGAGACAGAGGGGACGGCAGGAGCAGAGGUGGCGGAGGUGAGGGAGAUGGGAGGGGUGAUAGGAGGAUAGGUGGCGGCGGCGGGGGAAGAGGCGACGACGGCAACAACGGAGGAGGGAGAGGAGGCGGGGAUGCUUCGGUAGCUCCCUCUAACGCCUCCCCAUCGCUCCCGUCGUCAUCAGCUCCGCCUCCUGAAUUCGCCCUAUCCCCGGAAGUGCCUACCUCAGUAACAGUCGACCCAUCCAGCACAUCUACUUCGGUUGCUGUCUUAGAGUCUGCCCUAGCACCAAGUUCGACGGUUGAGGGGAACCCGACCGUUACCGCCUUCAUCCCUUUGAUGACCAGUGAUCCCUCCAAUCUCCCAGGAGCAGGGCAGUAUGCUCAAGCCCCCGACGUGUCCUCAGCCAUUGAGCCGAGUCCGACGUCAAUUCCCAACGGUCUACCCCCUCCAAGACCGCUCGACAGCGGUAGUGGGACCGGCCAGAAUAAUGGCAAUAACCUGGAUAACGGCAGUGGCGCCGGUAGUACUGUCAGUAACAGUGAUGGCAACAACCGUCUCGAAGCGGCACAGAACGGGAUGGAUCCGGGAGCGGAGCGCAUUUUAAUUGCAGUUGGCUCAAUAGGGGUUUUCGUCCUGGUGUGUUUUGUUGUCUGGACCUUGUGGCGGACAAUGAGGAAGUCUAAAAAGAGGAAUGGAAGCCACCGCAGCGGCUUCCUUAGUGUGUUUCCGAAACGACUUGCCUCGCGAGUUCCCUUCUUCAGAAAGUUGAGCUGGCAGAGUUUAGAAGGGACAACUGUUGUCGGGUCGCCGCCGCAGCCAGUCUACCAUGAAAAGGCAGACAGUUUCGAUGCUCCAUCGGUAGACAUGACCACGAGAGACGAGAAGCUCCAGCAACAGCCGCAGCCGCAGCCGCCACAAGAGCAAGCGCAGGCUCAACAGCAAUCAUUGCCGCCGGUCCCGACAGAAGGUGUGGUUACCCAGCCUCAGAGCGUAUACCAACCACAGUUCUAUCCCCCUGGCCUAUAUUACCCAGGCAUGGUUACCAACCAGCCUUAUGCGCAUCAGCCGCAGCAGUCAUUCAGCUCCACCAACGCCGCACAGUUUGGCGCAACAAUGGCAAGCGAAUACGUCGUCAGUACCAUGCAGACAGGCACGACAGCAGCGCCUACCGUGUAUUACCACCCGUCAUUGAUGACGCAGCAAUUCUCUACGGCUCCUUACCAGGGUACUGGUGUUUACCGACAGCCUAGCAAGGUGACAAGCGAGGUAUCCUCUCUCUCGUCGGGCUUUGGAGACGACGACAUCAUCGCAGCGCAAUCUCUCGUCAACCCGUCUCCCGUCGACGGCCCUUCCCCUGUGGGCGGCAAUCCGUUCACGGCGCGCUUCUCGUGGAUGACGCAGGACCCAAACCAGCAGGCACAAUCGCAAAGCCAGCAGCCACCACAAAGCCGGAGAGAAACAAUGUACACGGAAACGAGCGAGGACCUGCCGGCAAGAUUUCGAACUCUCACGUCGUGGGUAGAUCAGCAGACGGGCCGCAUCCACAGGGCGCAGCAGAGGGAGCAGGCGCACGAGGUGCAGCCGCAGGUGCCGGUGGGGAACCCCGGCAUCCCCGGCAUCCAGAACCCGCCGCCCGGGGAGCAGAGCUUUGGGAUGAUGAUGGAUGACGAGGAGAAGCCGAGGCGGGUGGAAGAGACGUUGGCGGCGGCGGCGGCGGUACAGCAGCCAACGCAACGAAGCGGGAGCACGGGUUGAAAGCCCCGAGGCUCGGUAACAUGGGCGAUGACACAUUACAUUAGGUACUCGAAGCGAGUAUCAUAUGUACGUGACGGUCUGCUGCCGAGAGACUGUGCGUGUGAAGCCUGAAGCCAAGAUAUCUUCCUGUCGCGCAAAGCCCCGAACCCAUACAGAGCCUGGUGCUUUGGGAGGUAAGAGCUGCGGUCAGGUUUUCUUAGGUAGUAUUAAUGAGGAGGUCUUAUCUUUCGAGUGUUCCAUGUGUUGGCUCUCGUUCCUACCUCUCUGGGAAAGUAUAUAAGUCAAGUCCAACUUUCUACUUUCACCCCCCACCGGUUGAGGUGAGCCUCAGUGGUAAUGGUCCUCUCCUCGUAACCCACAUCAAAGGGAGGUCGCCAGUUCG